AUGGCUGCGCCUUUGACCGCGGAGGAGGAGAUUCGUUACACCGAGAUCAUCGACGGGAUCCUGGCCACGGCAGAUCUCGAGACCGUAACGCGCAAAAAGAUCCGCAUGGGCCUCGAGACCGCUCUGGGUGGAAAAGACCUAAGCGAUCAAAAGCAUGCGAUUAAAGCUCUUAUUGAAGAGCGUUUCGAUGCCAUAUCCUCCGCUGCGCCGCCGCCUUCCUCUGCUAUCCCUCACCCCGAACCGACAUCUCCUCGCCCAUCGCCUAAGCGACAGGCCAAUGGCUUUGAUGGGAAUAGCCACGACAUCGAGAACGAUGCUAACGGAGACGAAAUUAAGGUAUCCGUGCAGCCCCCCAAGAAGAAGCAACGCAAGGAGAAGAGCGAAGACACCGAAGACGCAGAUGCCAAACUAGCAGCUCUCCUACAGGCUCAGGAAAACCAACGAACUCGGGCAACCCGUGGAGGCGGAAAGCCUAAGGCACCUGCGAAGAAGAAGAAAAAGGCGACACCUCGGAAGAAGAGCGACAAAAAGGUUGGCGCCGAAGACGAUAGCGACGUUGAGGGGAGCGAGGAGUCAAAUAACAAGCCACGAAAAGCUGGUGGAGGCUUCCAGAAGCCUUUCAAUCUCAGCUACCCGCUCGCCGAGCUAUGCGGGGAGCCGCAGUUAUCUCGACCGCAAGUCGUUAAGAAAUUAUGGGAGCACAUCAAAGGUAACCAACUACAAGACCCCAACGACAAACGGCAGAUUCGGUGCGACGAGAUGAUGCAGGCAGUCUUCAAACAAGCAAGGGUCGAUAUGUUCCAGAUGAAUAAGCUGGUGGGAAAUCAUCUUUAUCCCGUGAGCAUAUUUCUACUGUCGAUAAUCAUGUCCUCAGCUGGCGGAGGCUCGAUGGAUGCUCCGAACGGAAUGGGUGGCUCUGCCACGUCUGGACCAAGCCGCGGACGAGGCGAUCGCAAUACUAGAGGGAGAGGUAGACCUCGUGGACGGGGCGACUUGAGCGCUAGAGGGAGAGGUCAGGGACGACCAUAUCGUGGGAGAGGUAGGGGAGGUCACGCGCCCGCGACAUCGUCUCCCUCGUCUGCUGAUCGUCACCUACCCGUAUUGAUAGAUUCAAGCAAACCAGAACAAAAUCUACCGCAGCCUCGUGUACAGAGAAAGCUCGAAGAGCCAAUUGGAGACGAGGAAGACGUCGAAGCCGAAGUGUGCUUCAUCUGCGCGAGCCCCGUCAUUCACCAGUCAGUUGCUCCUUGCAACCAUAGGACGUGCCAUAUAUGCGCCCUACGAAUGCGAGCAUUGUACAAAAAUAAAGAGUGUGCACACUGUAGAACACUCGCUCCAUUUGUCCUAUUUACAGACGAUGCAGUGAAGCGAUUCCAGGACUAUUCCGACGCCGACACCACGAGUACCGAUGAUAAUAUCGGCAUUCGGUACACGAACGAAGAUAUUGUCGGAGACACCGUCUUGCUCCUCCGUUAUAACUGCCCCGAUGAUUCUUGCGACUUUGCCGGCCUUGGCUGGCCUGACUUGCAUCGACACGUCCGCAGCGUACACCAAAAGAAGAUGUGCGACUUAUGUACAAGGAAUAAGAAGGUUUUUACCCACGAGCAUGAAUUGUUCACCGACAGGGAAUUGGAAAAGCAUAUGCGUCAUGGAGAUGAUCGUCCUGGCGCUAUAGAUCAGACGGGGUUCAAAGGUCACCCACUGUGCGCCUUCUGCGGGCAGCGAUUCUAUGACGACGACAAACUGUACGAGCAUUGUCGAAGCAAGCAUGAACGGUGCUUCAUAUGCGACCGCCAAGAUCCCCGACAGCCUCACUACUAUCGAGACUACAAUGCGCUAGAGGAACACUUUAAAAAGGAUCAUUUUCUGUGCCUCGAUCGCGAAUGUCUCGAGAAGAAAUUUGUCGUUUUCAGUUCCGAGAUAGAUCUGAAAGCACAUCAACUUAGCGACCAUGGAAGCUCGUUAUCUAAGGACGUGAGACGUGAUGCCCGUCUGGUUGAUCUUUCCAGCUUCGAUUAUCGGCAACCUUACCAGCAAGAACGACGCAGCGGCGGACCUGGCAGGGACCGAGACCGUGAUAGAGAUGGGGAUAGAGAGAGAGAUAGGGAUAGGCGCGGAAGGGGCCGUGAUCCGAAUGCGGAGCCACUCCCGACCAGCUCGGCACAACCUCUUCGACGGGACGAGCUCGCAUUUCAAAGACAAAUGGCCGUACAUUCUUCCCAAUCCGUGUCCAACCGGACCUUCGGUGGCCAAUUAUCAGCACCGCCAUCGUCGAACAUUACUGGGCCAUCUGCUCAGCCGAGCCAGCGCGCUUCUAGCAGCUCCACACCCGGUCCUUCGACCGUGUCUGCCCCGGUUCCCGAGAUGGAAGGGUUGAGCCUCGCGGAUCCAAACCUCACACCGGAAGACCGCGCCCGCCUUCUACGGCAUUCUGCUGUGAUAGAACGGGCCUCAAACCUUCUGCACAAUGACCGAGAUAAGAUUACCUCUUUCCGAAGUCAUAUUUCAUCUUUCAGACAGGACAAAGUGUCGGCCGCGGCCCUCGUUGACGCCUUGUUCUCACUGUUCUCCGAUGCAUCUUCCUCGGCUCUAGGCACGCUUGUCCGAGAGAUUGCCGACCUUUUCGAGGACAAGAACAAGGGCGACAGAUUAAGAAAAGCAUGGAACGAUUGGAGAGCAAUUAACGAAGAUUACCCAACGUUACCUGGCUUGAGCGGCAUGCACGGCGCUACAACCUCUAGUACAGGAUGGGCAACCGCCGCAGCCAGCUCCCCAGUCACUACGGCAGCAGCACCAUCCCAAAGACAUACCACACGUGUGCUUAAGCUAAAGAGCUCUACUCAACAAUCGCGACGAUCGAGUGUGGAGCAGUCAUCAACUGUGUUCUCAAGUGCGCAUAAUUAUCGAAACCCACCACCAGCGGCGGCGGCUUCUUUUCCUGCCCUACCACCUAGUAACCCUAGCCCAAAUGGGGCAUCGCGGCCUUCGACAACAGCUCUUUGGGGCUCUGGCGGCGGGUCACAAGCUCAACCUAGGCCUGCGAGACCUACGAAUAGAGACGAAGCGUUCCCUGCACUACCUGCAGCACCCAAGCCCACGACCACAAUUUUUGGCUAUGGGACCGGCAGCGUACGCAGAGACGGCGGUAAUUCGAGAAACACAGGGUUCUCGUGGGGAUCGUCAAACGGUCCGGAGCCUACCGGGGACGAUGCGGAGGAAGAUAAGGCUGACACAACUGGAAAGGGGAAGAAGGGGAACAAAGGCAGAAAGAAAGUUCUAGUGCAAUGGGGCUGA